GCCCCCUCUAUCGCCUGUGAAUGGUUUAUCCCUGUACUUCACUUGCCUCUCUACCACCUGAAAACCUCUCAGCCCCCACCCCAGUGCUGCCACUAACUCAUUUGCAGACUGAAGAAAGCUAGCCAGGGCUUGCCAGCUGAAUGUAGUUGUGAGAUAGCCCAGAGGAAUUUCUUGUGAAGGGGAAGGCAUUUCCCCCCAUUCGUGGAAAGGGUGCUUAGGAAUUGAUGUGAGGAGAUGUUACAAGCCACUGCCCUGAGCUAGCCCAUGUUACGGCCUCCUGCGUAUCGCCUCUGAGUGCUCCUCGGCCCAUUCUCUCUGUGGUGCACAGUAUCACCGUAGAUUUGCUUUGUGCACUUAACUCAGAACACCUGCUUUUCCUCAGACCUGCUGCUACUGGCAGCUCUCUUCCCGAGGCCCGCUUCAUCUCCCUAGUAGAAGGGAAUUUUCCCUAAGCCAGAAACCAAAGUUCUCGGAUUCCUCAUUGCUUUUCCCCAUUGCUCACUGGGUUUCUUGAGUAGGGCUAUUUUUUCCUAUCUGUCCUGUUUAGCGUGACAGUUCGCACAUUGAGGUGCCUUUGUAGAUUUGUGUUGAAUGAAUGUUUUAAGGGAAUGUCAUGCUUCACUGCCAAGAAACCUACGGCUUCUGAGAUCUGCUGCCUCCUACCCACACCUACCCUGGAGGAUGAGACACUUGGGAUAGUAACAGAGGAAGGCUGGUCUAGGAGGUAGCAGGCAAGGGUAAAACUGAGGGAGAACAGGCCAGAAGUAGUGUGGAAAAUGUAGCCCACGUGUCCGCUCAUUUCAGAAUGAUCUUGGUUGAGUUGUCGAGCCUUCCCCAGCCUGUUUCCUCGUUCCCAAAAUAGGGUAAUCAAGGCCCUCCUCUGCCAGGUUUUUGGGGAAGAGUUAAAAGGUCAAUGUAAAAGGUGUUUUUUUUUUUUUUGUUUGUUUGUUUUUUGUUUUUUUAAACACAGUGCCUACCAUUUGGUAAAUGAUAAGCACUUUGCAUCAUGAUAACUGCAGGAAGCUGUGAGGGUUCAAGUGAGGAUGUGGAGGAAUGGGGCUGAACCUGACUGAAGGCAGACAGAGUCCCAAAUAAUCGACUAAGCAGGACCACUGACCCAGUAAGUCAGGAUCCAGGGGGGUAAGGAGAAUCCCUCAAGCCUGGCUCCGACGUUCCCCUGGCUUUGAGAACGUGGAAGAAAGCACAGAAAGGCAUGUGCACAGACAGACACACGUGAUCGCCACAGUGCUGCAGAGGCAGACCCAGACAAAAGACUGAGACAGGAGCCAACCAGACACACAGACAAGAGACAGCCUAGCAGAGUCAUGUAGACAGGGAUAAUGACAGGAACGCGCCAGACACAGGCACAGAGGGAGACAAGAUGAGCAGAUAUGCAGGUGCAAACAGACACCAAGACCCACACACAGUCGACCCUGUUAGACUGAUUGGUGAACACAACGCCCAGUCAGAGGCAGACACAAACACCCGCAGUGACACAUAGCGGGCCAGCGCGCCGGGGCAAGCACUGUCACUUCUCGAUGGGGGCGGGGAGGGGCCGGCGGCGGGGGAAGGCUAGGGAAGGGAAUCCCGGGCGGGCGGCCUGCCCGGGUGGCUGAGUCACUGCGGAGCCCCAGCCCGCGGCCCUCCCUCUCCCACCGGCUCUCCCAGGUGAGAAGCGAGCCGGCAACUUAGUAGCUUUCCGCCAUGCAGAAAGAAGACUGUGAAGGAAUGGGACCCGCGGGGGUCGGUCCUGGAUCCGCCCCACCUUCGAGCCGGCUGUUACUGAGGCGGAGACAAGGGUGAUGAUUGGCUUUCUGUGGAUAGAGAAGUCUUGUGAUUGGCUAAAUUUCUGAAGCUCUUGAAGCUGUGAGAGGACGCUCCCACGGAGGCUGGAAUUGGUUGCAGAAGGCCAGAGACUGUCACCUGGAAACAGUGGGCACUAUUGUUAAGGGCAGUUGGAGCUGGACCAUCGUGCCAGAGAGCUGGGGCAGGGGGCCGUGCCCCAUCUCCAGGGCUCCUGGGGCCACUGCUGACCUGGCUGGAUGCAUCGGGCAGUGGACCCUCCAGGGGCCCGCUCUGCACGGGAAGCCUUUGCCCUUGGGGGCUUGAGCUGUGCUGGGGCUUGGAGCUCCUGCCCACCCCAUCCUCCUCCCCGAAGCUCAUGGCUGCCCGGAGGCAGAUGCUCUGCCAGCGUUGGGCAGCCCCCACUCUCAGCUCCUUUACCCCCAUCUCAUGGCAGUAGCUCCGGGCACCCUAACAAACCCUAUUAUGCUCCUGGGACACCCACCCCAAGACCCCUUCACGGGAAGUUGGAAUCCCUACAUGGCUGUGUCCAGGCAUUGCUCCGGGAGCCAGCGCAGCCAGGGUUGUGGGAACAGCUUGGACAGUUGUAUGAAUCAGAGCACGACAGUGAGGAAGCCGUAUGCUGCUACCAUAGGGCCCUUCGCUAUGGAGGAAGCUUCGCCGAGCUGGGACCCCGGAUUGGCCGCUUGCAGCAGGCCCAGCUCUGGAACUUUCAUGCCGGUUCCUGUCAGCACAGAGCCAAGGUCCUGCCUCCCCUGGAGCAAGUCUGGAAUUUGCUGCACCUUGAGCACAAACGGAACUAUGGGGCUAAGCGAGGGGGCCCUCCAGUGAAGAGAUCUGCUGAACCCCCCGUGGUCCAGCCUAUGCCUCCUGCAGCCCUCUCAGGCCCCUCAGGAGAGGAGGGCCUUAGCCCUGGAGGCAAGCGCAGGAGAGGCUGCAGCUCUGAACAGGCUGGCCUUCCCCCAGGUCUGCCACUCCCUCCACCACCCCCACCCCCACCGCCUCCACCACCACCACCACCCCCUCCACCACCACCGCUGCCUGGCCUGGCUAUUAGCCCCCCAUUUCAGCUGACUAAGCCAGGGCUGUGGAAUACCCUGCAUGGAGAUGCUUGGGGCCCCGAGCGCAAGGGUUCAGCGCCGCCAGAGCGCCAGGAGCAGCGGCACUCGAUGCCUCAUUCAUAUCCAUACCCAGCUCCCGCCUACUCCGCUCAUCCGCCCAGCCAUCGGCUGGUCCCCAACACACCCCUUGGUCCAGGUCCCCGACCCCCAGGAGCAGAGAGCCAUGGCUGCCUGCCUGCCACCCGUCCCCCCGGAAGUGACCUUAGAGAGAGCAGAGUUCAGAGGUCGCGGAUGGACUCCAGCGUUUCACCAGCAGCAUCUACCGCCUGCGUGCCUUACGCCCCUUCCCGGCCCCCUGGCCUCCCCGGCACCAGCAGCAGCAGCAGCAGCAGCAGUAGCAGUAACAACACUGGUCUUCGGGGUGUGGAGCCAAGCCCAGGCAUUCCUGGCGCUGACCAUUACCAAAACCCUGCGCUGGAGAUAUCCCCUCACCAGGCCCGCCUGGGUCCCUCCGCACACAGCAGUCGGAAACCAUUUUUGACGGCCCCUGCUGCCACGCCCCACUUAUCCCUACCCCCUGGGACCCCAUCAUCCCCUCCACCCCCAUGUCCUCGCCUCUUGCGCCCUCCACCGCCCCCUGCUUGGAUGAAGGGCUCAGCCUGCCGUGCAGCCCGAGAGGAUGGAGAGAUCUUAGGGGAGCUCUUCUUUGGUGCUGAGGGACCUCCCCGUCCUCCUCCCCCACCCCUUCCCCACCGUGAUGGCUUCUUGGGGCCUCCAAACCCCCGCUUUUCUGUGGGCACUCAGGAUUCGCAUAACCCUCCCAUUCCCCCAACCACCACCAGCAGCAGCAGCAGCAGCAACAGCCACAGCAGUAGUCCUACUGGGCCGGUGCCCUUUCCACCACCCUCCUAUCUGGCCAGAAGUAUAGACCCCCUCCCCAGGCCAUCCAGCCCAACCUUGAGCCCCCAGGACCCACCUCUUCCACCACUGACUCUUGCCCUGCCUCCAGCCCCUCCCUCCUCCUGCCACCAAAAUACCUCAGGAAGCUUCAGGCGCUCGGAGAGCCCCCGGCCCAGGGUCUCCUUCCCAAAGACCCCCGAGGUGGGGCAGGGGCCACCCCCAGGCCCUGUGAGUAAAGCCCCCCAGCCUGUGCCACCUGGGGUUGGAGAGCUGCCUGCCCGAGGCCCGAGGCUCUUUGAUUUCCCACCCACUCCGCUGGAGGACCAGUUUGAAGAGCCAGCCGAAUUCAAGAUCCUACCUGAUGGGCUGGCAAACAUCAUGAAGAUGCUGGAUGAAUCCAUUCGGAAGGAGGAGGAGCAGCAGCAGCAGCAGGAGGCAGGCGUGGCUCCCCCACCCCCACUCAAAGAGCCCUUUGCAUCUCUACAGCCUCCAUUUCCCAGUGACACAGCCCCAGCCACCACCACUGCUGCCCCCACCACCGCCACCACCACCACAACCACCACCACCACCACCACCCAAGAAGAGGAGAAGAAGCCACCACCAGCCCUACCACCACCACCGCCUCUAGCCAAGUUUCCUCCACCUCCCCAGCCACAGCCCCCACCACCUCCACCAGCCAGCCCAGCCAGCCUGCUCAAAUCGUUGGCCUCUGUUCUUGAGGGACAAAAGUACUGUUACCGGGGGACUGGAGCAGCCGUCUCAACCAGGCCCGGGUCCGUGCCCGCCACUCAGUAUUCCCCUAGUCCUGCAUCAGGUGCUACCGCCCCACCACCCACUUCAGUGGCCCCUAGUGCCCAGGGCUCCCCCAAGCCCUCGGUUUCCUCGUCAUCUCAGUUCUCUACCUCAGGCGGGCCUUGGGCCCGGGAGCACAGGGCGGGUGAAGAGCCAGCACCAGGCCCCGUGACCCCUGCCCAGUUGCCCCCACCUCUGCCGCUGCCCCCUGCUCGUUCUGAGUCUGAGGUGCUAGAAGAAAUCAGUCGGGCUUGUGAGACCCUUGUAGAGCGGGUGGGCCGGAGUGCCAUCAACCCAGUGGACACGGCAGACCCAGUGGACAGUGGGACUGAGCCACAGCCGCCGCCUGCGCAGGCCAAGGAGGAGAGUGGGGGGGUGGCGGUAGCAGCAGCAGGUCCAGGUAGUGGCAAGCGUCGUCAAAAGGAGCAUCGGCGGCACAGGCGGGCCUGUAGGGACAGUGUGGGUCGACGACCCCGCGAGGGGAGGGCCAAGGCCAAGGCCAAGGCUCCCAAAGAAAAAAGCCGAAGGGUGCUGGGGAACCUCGACUUGCAGAGUGAGGAGAUCCAGGGCCGGGAGAAGGCCCGGCCCGAUGUCGGUGGGGUUUCCAAAGUCAAGACACCCACAGCUCCAGCACCCCCGCCUGCUCCUGCACCCGCUGCUCAGCCAACACCCCCAUCAGCUCCUGUCCCUGGGAAGAAGACUCGUGAGGAGGCUCCGGGGCCUCCAGGUGUGAGCCGGGCAGAUAUGCUGAAGCUCCGGUCACUUAGUGAGGGGCCUCCCAAGGAGCUGAAGAUCAGGCUCAUCAAGGUGGAAAGUGGGGACAAGGAGACCUUUAUCGCCUCUGAGGUGGAAGAGCGGCGGCUGCGCAUGGCAGACCUCACCAUCAGCCACUGUGCCGCCGAUGUCAUGCGUGCCAGCAAGAAUGCCAAGGUGAAAGGGAAAUUCCGAGAGUCCUACCUGUCCCCUGCCCAGUCUGUGAAACCCAAGAUCAACACUGAGGAGAAGCUGCCCCGGGAAAAACUCAACCCCCCUACCCCCAGCAUCUAUUUGGAGAGCAAACGAGAUGCCUUCUCGCCGGUCCUGCUACAGUUCUGUACAGACCCCCGGAACCCCAUCACCGUCAUCAGGGGCCUGGCUGGUUCACUUCGGCUCAACUUAGGCCUUUUCUCCACCAAGACUCUGGUGGAGGCGAGCGGUGAACAUACGGUGGAGGUCCGUACCCAAGUACAGCAGCCCUCAGACGAGAACUGGGACCUGACAGGUACCAGACAAAUCUGGCCCUGUGAGAGCUCCCGUUCCCACACCACCAUCGCUAAAUACGCACAGUACCAGGCCUCGUCCUUCCAGGAGUCACUGCAGCAGGAGGAGAGGGAGAGUGAGGAUGAGGAAUCCGAGGAACCAGACAGCACUACAGGAACCUCUCCCAGCAGUGCACCGGACCCCAAGAACCAUCACAUCAUCAAGUUUGGCACUAACAUCGACCUGUCUGAUGCCAAGAGGUGGAAGCCACAGCUACAGGAGCUGCUGAAACUGCCCGCCUUCAUGCGGGUAACAUCCACAGGCAACAUGCUCAGCCACGUGGGCCACACCAUCCUGGGCAUGAACACCGUGCAGCUAUACAUGAAGGUCCCUGGCAGCCGAACGCCAGGCCACCAAGAGAAUAACAAUUUCUGCUCAGUCAACAUCAACAUUGGCCCUGGGGACUGCGAGUGGUUCGCGGUACAUGAGCACUAUUGGGAGACCAUCAGCGCCUUCUGCGACCGGCAUGGUGUGGACUACUUGACUGGUUCCUGGUGGCCAAUCUUGGAUGACCUCUAUGCGUCCAAUAUUCCUGUUUACCGCUUCGUGCAGCGCCCUGGAGACCUUGUGUGGAUUAAUGCAGGGACUGUACAUUGGGUGCAGGCUACCGGCUGGUGCAACAACAUUGCCUGGAACGUGGGGCCCCUCACCGCCUAUCAGUACCAGCUGGCCCUGGAGCGAUAUGAGUGGAACGAGGUGAAGAACGUCAAGUCCAUUGUGCCCAUGAUUCAUGUGUCCUGGAACGUCGCUCGAACGGUCAAGAUCAGCGAUCCUGACUUGUUCAAGAUGAUCAAGUUCUGCCUCCUGCAGUCAAUGAAGCACUGUCAGGUACAGCGGGAGAGCCUGGUGCGGGCAGGGAAGAAGAUCGCUUACCAAGGCCGUGUCAAAGACGAGCCUGCCUACUACUGCAACGAAUGCGACGUGGAGGUGUUCAACAUCCUGUUCGUUACAAGUGAGAAUGGCAGCCGAAACACGUACCUGGUGCACUGCGAGGGCUGUGCGCGCCGUCGCAGCGCGGGCCUACAGGGCGUGGUGGUGCUAGAGCAGUACCGCACGGAGGAGCUGGCGCAGGCCUACGAUGCCUUCACACUGGCUCCCGCCAGCACGUCUCGAUGAGGCCGGACGCCCCGCUCGCCCGCCCACGCUGGGCGCGGCGGGGCCACCAGCACACGCCUGGGCUGGACCUAGGUCCCGCCUCUGGCCGGGAAGGGGGUCGGGCCCAGCCCUUCCACCCUAUUGGCAGCUCCCCUCACUUAAUUUAUUAAGAAAAAAAAAAUGUUUUUUUUUUAACAAAUACGAGGAAAAAAAAAGGAAAAAAAAUGGGAGACGGGGAGGGGGCUGGCAGCCUCUCGCCCACCAGCGCCUCCCCUCACCGACUUUGGCCUUUCUAGCAACAGACACAAGGACCAGGCUCCGGCGGCGGCGGGGGU